AUGUGUAAUGUUCUUUUCAAGGUUCUUCCAAGCAAGAUGGAGACUUCUUCAGUCCUAUAUCUUCGAACUGCUACCAACAAAAAAGGAGACAGUGUACAUUCUUCAAGUGGUAGCCCCAACCAAAAUGCCACUGCCCAUUUCUAUCCCCAGACCACUUCAAACGGUCACCAUUAUGACCGCUACCAUAUCUCUCAGGGUGAGCUGUCUAAUAAAGUAGAGAAAUCAGAUGUAUCUUAUCAGCAUACCUAUGACCGGCAACAAAAGACAAGUAGUAGUUCAUCACAGGUAUCUAACGAGUUACACGAGCGGCUAAAGCAGAGAGUUAGCAGCGGCUCCCAGGUGUCAAGUGAAUGUGACAGUAAUGAAUCUUGUCAAAACAGCACUGCUGCAGAAUCGUCAACUGUCAUGAAGGUAGCUCUUGGAGAAAUUGGUAGUAUUUCAAAAUACGUGUCACAAGGAUCUGUUAGUAUGCCGGAUGUGCUGACUCCCACUCCUGGUGAGUCUUCAGGUGUUGCAACAGUCAGUUCUGAAGGAGAUGCUGAGUCGAAUAUUGAAAUGCAACCAGAGCUUACCAUCACAAAUGCCUUUUCCCUGAGUGCCGAAAUGUGGGACACUGGGCAGGACCAGAAGCCCGAAGAAGAACCAGUAGAUCUGGAAAGCCGAAAUCCUAUGCAACACACAAGGGAAGAAUUCUCGACUUGCGAUGAAAAUCAAGAUGUGAAAGGUCCGACUACCGAUUCGGAAGCGUUUGAUCUUUCAAAAGUGAAGCAGGAAAUUGAAGAGGGGCCAUUUUCUUGUUCCCAUUGCGGAAUGGUAACUUCAGAUUCUGCCUCUCUCCAAGAACACAUGAACACACAUAAAGUGAAAAAGACAAAAGUCUACCUUCACCAAUGCUCAGUUACCGGUUGCGAUUUCAGCACCAAUGUCAUUCGUGAAUUUAUAUCUCACUACUCCAAUAAUCAUGAUGGACUACCGUCCUAUGUUUGCCGUUGGUGCAAAUGUGUCAUGAAUAGUCUUUCUGUUUUUGUUGACCAUGUCAGAGAAAACUUUGUUGUGCCCUGGGUCAAAUGUCCUCAUUGCCAUCUCAAGAAGAAGAAUAAGUCUGAGGUUGUAGAGCACAUCUCUGUUGAACACCCAGGAGAAUCGCAGAGGGUUAUUGCAGGGAGCAUGUUCCUCUGUCGCAGCUCAAGUCAUUCUCGGGAGAAAGACUCUAAAAUAUUCUCAGAAUCUCAUAAGACAUUGGUAAGUCUUUUGAAUAACCAAAAAUAUAUUUUAAACAAUUCCAAUCAUAAUGGCAACGAUAAUGUUGUUGGCAUCUUAGAUCCUGGUCAGAGCGGACAAGGAUACCAAUGUAACGAAUGCACUUUUAAUACAACAAAUGCCCAAGUAUUUUUGGCACACAUUAAAGUCUGUGAAUCCAUGAAAAGUGCCACCAAACAAAGAAACGUUAAUUUUGAAUGCAAAGAAUGUUCUUUUGCAACAAGUUCCAGGGAGGCAUUUUUGAACCAUAGUCACGUAAAGGCAUCUCUUAUGAAUGGAAUGAAAAGAGCGCCGUACAAGAAACGUCCGACCGAAGUUCGCAAUGAACUGAUCAGGAAGAAACUUUUAAGUAUUAAAAAACAAACCCUGGCUUUGAAGCUGAAAAAAGAUAAAGAAGCAAUGGAUUUGGAAGCCUCACAAUCGGGUGAAAAUGAGGGCAAAGGGCAUUUCAAGUUUAACUGUCCCUACUGUUCAGAAAAGUUCCAUAAACUGAACCGUAUGAAGUUCCACAUAUUCCUCAGUCAUCGAGAUUCUUACAGUCAGACAUUUCCACUCCACCAGUGCCUCUCUUGUCACAUGAAAUCCUCCUCUGAAGAAAUUGUCAGGCAGCACAUUGAACGAACACACUUUGGUCGUAAAUCGGGGAUUUUACUUAUUAACGAACCACCCGAGAUUAUUCCGAGGAAAUACAAAACACCAGAUCCGAACAAAAAACUUGUCCAAUCAAUUGCACCAAUUAUUAAAGUGGUUCCUGCUACUUCUGCUGGGGAUUCACCAAAAAAAACAAUCGAAAGAUGCAGCAGUUGGGGACGUAAUCAAACAAACGAUGACUCGAAACAUUUGACUGUCACUGAGGUCAUCUCUCAGGAAACGAAUGCUGAAAUUACUGAUGUUGGUAAACUCGUGGUGUCAGCAGUUGAAAAAGAAACUCCUCAUGUUAGCCCUAAACCAAGUGCUCUGCCUCCUGAGCAGACAGUAAAACCAGAAUUGGAAGCAAACCUUAAGAAAAAGGCGGACACCAGCAGUCCCCAAGCCCCACCCCCUAAAAAUCUAGCAAUGGAAAUUGUAAAAUUCACAGCUGGAGAUCAUUUCACAGAGUAUAUCCAGUGUCCAAGAUGCUCUUACCAAUCACGGAGUGUGAUGGGCUUUUAUGGUCAUAUCAAACGUCACUUGGAUCUUGUGGUUCACAUAAACACCCGAAGAAAAUAUGAAUUCCAUAAGCCAAAAGUCCUGCGUACUGGACUAAAGACUGAGGAAGGGGUUGAGGAGACUGUUUCAGCUGAAGAAAUGUCAGCACCAAAAACGGAUGAAGAGACAUCGAAAGAAAAUCCAGGAGAGCCUGAAGCAAGGGAAUCGUUGUCCCCAAUGUCACCUGCUGACCCCGAAAUCAAAUCCCCGGAGACUCCUCUGUCAAAUCCACCAAAGUUGGAGUCAAUAAUCAUAAACAAAAAAUCCGAGAACUUGAUUGACAAAGACGAAUAUUCAAAGCUUGGAGGUCCAAUACUAAAUGCCAAAUUAUCAUCUUUAUAUACAUCUAAUGGUCAAGUAAAAGUGUGUAAUAUCUGUGACUAUAUGGCUGAUUUUGCUUGCUAUAUUCACAGGCAUUUGCUUUCGUCACAUCUUAAUAUUCAUUUCUGGGAAUGUGCUUACUGUUUCUACAGGCACUUGCAACGUCACAAGGUUAUUCGACAUUGUGCACGGAAUCAUACCAAUCGAGAGCCUUAUGCCAAAUGGCUUGGAAUACCAGAUUGGGAGAAGAAACUUGCUGACUGCUUAAAGAAAACAAAAUCAGAUGAUAGUAACUUGCCUGAUCGAAAUACUUUGCCUGCUGAAAACACUGCUCCAACAACAGAGUCCUCAGCAAGCACUAAAUCACAACCAAGCUCGUGUACCACAACCCCUGAAGAAGCCCCCAAAGUUGAAAAAUCUGAACCAACUGAAAUGGUAAAAAUUGAAAAGCUUCCUGGAAAUCUGUUUAAGUGUGGGAGCUGCACAAUGUGCAGCAUUCACAUUGAACAGGUGGUGCGACAUAUUCGUUAUCAUCACAACGCAGAAGGGCAGUUGCCUAGCAGUGAGUUGGAAAGUGGAAAGUCCAGGUCACCUGCAGCCACUGCACAAAAACUUUUAACCCCAUCAAAACCACUCCAGAUGUCAGCCCGGUCCCCAGCUUCUACACCUUCAACAAUAGCAGCCACAUCCUCGCCAGUGUUGAAGAAAUCACCUACGGACCAGGCUGAUACAAAAUCUGGGGCACCUAAAACGAAAUGCAAAAAGAAGAUAACACCCAUCACAGUCCCAAAGACGCCGUACAGGUGUGUCUUUUGCAACUAUGUUAACAUGUCAGCCACAGAAGUUAAAAAGCACAUGUGGCGUGAACACUCGGAUGAAUUAAAUAAUGUCGGAAUCUUAUUAAAAUCUAAAGAGGAGAGUGAAAAGGUCUCCCAGGGUUCAUCCAAAGGUGGAAAUGAUGGAUCAAGUACACAGAAAGGGCCACCAGUUAAACGCAAACUUAAGCGAGCUUAUAGGCCGCACAAACGGAAGAAGACAAAAACCUACUCAAAGGGUGUGAAGGAACCAAGCAAGAAAAAGAGCUUAGCCAAGGCAAAUGACACUGGGUCAGCUGAUACUUCCCCCAAAUGGGGAAAAAAGAAGUCUUUAAAUAAAAACAUACCCUCAGGUGUCUCUGUUGAGGACCCAACCCGCAAAAGACCAGCUUCUGGUGUGAACAACGAAUCUCCUGUAAUGCCUAAGAAGAGACAGAUUCAAUCUACUCAGCAUUCUGAUUAUGAGUGGGAAAGUCCUUCUUUGGCUGAACCUCCAAACUCAAAGAGUGAAAGAAUUUACAAAUCCGUUGAGAAAACAGAAGAAGGGUCCUACAGAAUGUCAUCCUAUUUUGAAAAAUCUUACCAGGAAAAAGAAGCUGCUUUUAAAUCUAAAAGUGAUAACCCUUCUGAUGUGCCUUUAUCUCAGGAAAACUACUCCCCAAGGCAAAAAGAAGACUCCAGAGUUAGUGAUAACUUGACAAUGCCAGCCUUUCGCAAAGCCGAGAUGGAUAUUUAUAAACGGUUUAUAUUUAAGACCUACGAUGGUAUGUACCUCUGUAACUAUUGCCUCAUCAGUAUGACAACUGAGAUAGAGGCUCGUCUGCACAUAUUGCAAGUUCACCCAAAGAAGAUGACCAACCCCUUGGAGCAGCCAUGCAAAACUUUCCAGAUUUUUCGUAAAAAAACCCGACGUCCGGAAAUUAUUGUGCCCCAUGCUGCUCAGCCUCGUACCAACCAGAAGCUACAGAACCGAGGUGUCCGGAAGAAAGGCAUGACCAAAAAGAAAACCAUGUCAAUGGCUAAUUUUGAGGAGACAGUUGCUGGAAUAAAAAAGGAAAGUCGUGCUUCGUUGUUUGAUUUGUUUGAGAAUCUCGGUGACAGGAAUCAGGACAACAGCUUUCAACAGUCAGUCUCGGGUAGGUUUGAUGAAAAGGCUGAACAGGCUCUGUUGAAAGGAGAGGACGAUGUAGAUUGUGUGUUUACCUGGAGGUGGGCUGACACAGAUGAUGAGAACAAGGCGCCUCAUCAAUACUGCACUGAUUCACAACAGAUCAGUGUUUUGCGACUGAUCACCUACAGGCAGAGUAUAAAUGUAACUGGUCACUUCAAGUGUCCUUUUUGUCAGUUGACGUCCUCCAGCCACAUUAGGGUGAGUGACCACAUACGGCUUGACCAUAUGGAACUGAAACGAUUCAAGUGUCAGGAAUGCAGCUUUAGAAGUUGGUUUCAGUCUCUAUUAGAAAACCAUAAAAGGUUGCAGCAUGUCACAAGUCUGCCUGCAUCAAAUGAAUUCCCACUCUUGCCAAAAGAUUAUGCUUCAAGCAUUAAAGUUGAAACGAGCACUGAACCAGUGGUGCAGGCACCAUUGCUCCAAGAGCCAUGUACAAAUAUUGAUGGCAAGAAGGGAUGGGCAUUCACGGACAUAAAUGUAAUCACUGAUUAUCGGACGUUGUAUUUGCGGACAUACUGCCAGAAGAGCCAGGCUGUGAUGUAUCUGUGCACAAUAUGUUGCCAAAUUUUGCCCAAACAGAACUUGUUUUUUGAACAUGUGACUAGCCAUUACGGAGAAGUCUACCAAUGCAGUAUCUGUUCCUUUAAAACCUGUCUGAGAGAAAGCAUGGAGAAACAUAUCCAAAUCCACUGUCAAUUUCCAAAUGCCAGCUUGAUCAUUUUACACCAUGAACCGCUCUUAAAUGUGGAAAAUCACUCACAAUCUGAACAAUUGCACGAACCUGUGAUGGAUCCACCUUUGAUUUCUGCCCCCAAUCCAAACGAGAAACCUGUUGCUACUUUGCUUGGCCCCAAGAGCAAGCAGAGCCUUUCACCCCAAAUCUUGGCCAGCUCAAAACUAACUAAACAUUUGACCUUCUGCUGCUCAAACUGCCCGGCAAAAUUAAAAGGUUUAAAGGCAUUUAGCAUGCACCUUGACCGCCAUAACAAGUUGGCAGCAAAGACAGCAUUUCUGACCUCUGAGAGUGCUCCCUCUGCAAUACUCUCUUCUUUCUCUCCUCCUGCUGAUGAUGAUGAUGAUGACCUUGACACUUUAUUUGAAAUUCUCUGUCCCUUUGUUCAUGUCUUUCAAAUGUGUGGUUUGAAUGAGGUUUUUUAUUUUUAUUUUUAUUUUUCCUUUUUUCUUUUUCAUUUUUUCUUCUUUCUUUUUUUUUCUUUUUUCUUCUUUCUUUUUCUUUUUUCUUUUUCUUUUUCUUUUUUUUUUUUUCUUUUUUCUUUUUCUUUUUUCUUUCUUUUCUUUUUCUUUUUCUUCUUUUCUUUCUUUUUCUUUUUCUUCUUUUUCUUUCUUUUCUUUUUUCUUCUUUCUUUCUUUUCUUUUUUUCUUUUUCUUUUUCUUUUUCUUUCUUUCUUCUUUCUUCUUUUCUUCUUUCUUUCUUUUCUUUUUCUUUUCUUCUUUUUCUUUUUUCUUCUUUUCUUUUCUUUUUUUCUUUUCUUUUUUUUUUCUUUUUCUUUUUUCUUUUUUUUUUUCUUUUCUUUUUUCUUUUCUUUCUUUUUCUUUUUUCUUUCUUUUUUCUUUUUCUUUCUUCUUUCUUUUUUUUUUCUUCUUUUCUUUUCUUCUUUCUUCUUUUCUUUUCUUUUUCUUUUUUUUCUUCUUUCUUUUCUUUUUUCUUUCUUUUUUUUCUUUCUUUCUUUUCUUUUUCUUCUUUCUUUUUCUUCUUUCUUUUUCUUUCUUCUUUCUUUUUUUUCUUCUUUCUUUUCUUUCUUCUUUCUUUUUCUUUCUUCUUUCUUUUUCUUUCUUCUUUCUUUUUCUUUCUUCUUUCUCUUUCUUUCUUCUUUCUUUUCUUUCUUCUUUCUCUUUCUUUCUUCUUUCUCUUUCUUUCUUCUUUCUCUUUCUUUCUUCUUUCUCUUUCUUUCUUCUUUCUCUUUCUUUCUUUUUCUUUCUUCUUUCUUUCUUUUUCUUUCUUCUUUCUUUCUUUUUCUUUCUUCUUUCUUUCUUUUUCUUUCUUCUUUCUUUCUUUUCUUUCUUUCUUUUUCUUUUUUCUUUCUUUUUCUUUUUUCUUUUUCUUCUUUUUUCUUUUUCUUCUUUUUUCUUUCUUUUUCUUUCUUUUUCUUUCUUCUUUUUUCUUUUUUUCUCCUUUCUCUUUUCUUUUUCUUGUUCCUUUUUCUUCUUUUUUCUUUUUCUUUUUUUCUUCUCUUUUUUUUUUCUUUUUUUUUUCUCCUUUUUUUCCUCUUUUUCUUUUUUCCUUUUUUCUUUUUCAUGUUUAUGUAUGUGUGUGACAACAUUUAA